CCCAACGCGUCGUCCGGCGUGGAGCUGGGCCGGCCCAGGCAGCCGCGGCCGGCAUCGCUGCGUGAGCUGCGGGUCGGCGUCCCUUGCCCCCGCCCUCCGGCCUCCGCCCCGGCCCGGCCCGGCCCCCGCGGCUCGGCGUCGGCGCGUCAUGGUGCCAACGGCGUGACCUGCGCGGCCCCGCGGAGCCUGGGAGCGAGCGCCGCCGGCGAGCGCGGCUCGGGUCACCAUGCCUACCCGAGUGUGUUGCUGCUGUUCUGCUUUGCGUCCUCGCUACAAACGCCUGGUGGACAACAUAUUCCCUGAAGACCCAAAGGAUGGCCUUGUUAAAGCUGAUAUGGAAAAACUGACAUUUUAUGCAGUGUCUGCUCCAGAGAAACUGGAUCGAAUUGGUUCUUACCUGGCAGAAAGGUUGAGCAGGGAUGUUGUCAGACAUCGUUCUGGGUAUGUCUUAAUCGCUAUGGAGGCAUUGGACCAACUUCUCAUGGCUUGCCAUUCUCAAAGCAUCAAGCCAUUUGUAGAAAGCUUUCUUCAUAUGGUAGCAAAGCUGCUGGAAUCAGGGGAACCAAAGCUUCAAGUUCUUGGAACAAACUCUUUUGUCAAAUUUGCAAAUAUUGAAGAAGACACGCCAUCCUAUCACAGACGUUAUGACUUCUUUGUAUCUCGCUUCAGUGCCAUGUGUCAUUCCUGCCAUAGUGAUCCAGACGUACGAACGGAAAUUCGAAUUGCUGGAAUCAGGGGUAUUCAAGGUGUGGUUCGCAAAACAGUUAAUGAUGAACUUCGGGCUACCAUUUGGGAACCCCAGCACAUGGAUAAAAUUGUUCCAUCCUUGCUGUUCAACAUGCAGAAGAUAGAGGAGGUGGACAGUCGCAUAGGCCCUCCUUCUUCUCCCUCGGCAGCUGACAAAGAGGAGAAUCCUGCCGUGCUGGCUGAAAACUGUCUCAGAGAGCUGCUGGGCCGAGCGACUUUUGGGAAUAUGAAUAAUGCUGUGAGGCCGGUUUUUGCGCACUUAGAUCAUCACAAACUGUGGGAUCCCAAUGAAUUUGCAGUUCACUGUUUUAAAAUUAUAAUGUAUUCCAUUCAGGCUCAGUAUUCUCACCAUGUGAUCCAGGAGAUUCUAGGGCACCUGGAUGCUCGUAAAAAAGAUUCUCCACGGGUUCGAGCAGGUAUUAUUCAGGUUCUGUUAGAGGCUGUCGCCAUUGCUGCCAAAGGUUCCAUAGGCCCCACGGUACUGGAGGUCUUCAACACGCUGCUCAAGCACCUGCGCCUCAGUGUGGAGUUCGAAGCCAACGACGGCCAGGGGGGAUCCAUGGGCAGCAUCAGCUUAAACUCGGCCUCCAAAGACAACGACGAGAAGAUCGUGCAGAAUGCCAUCAUCCAGACGAUAGGGUUCUUCGGAAGUAACCUACCAGAUUAUCAGCGGUCAGAAAUCAUGAUGUUCAUUAUGGGGAAGGUACCAGUUUUUGGAACAUCCACUCAUACUUUGGACGUCAGUCAACUAGGGGACUUGGGAACCAGGCGGAUUCAGAUAAUGUUGCUGAGAUCCUUGCUUAUGGUCACUUCUGGGUACAAAGCCAAGACCAUUGUUACUGCGCUACCUGGCUCUUUUCUGGAUCCUCUGUUGUCACCAUCCCUCAUGGAGGACUAUGAAUUGAGACAGUUAGUCUUGGAAGUGAUGCAUAACCUCAUGGAUCGCCAUGACAACAGGGCAAAGCUUCGAGGGAUCAGAAUAAUACCUGAUGUAGCUGACCUAAAGAUCAAAAGAGAAAAAAUCUGUAGACAAGACGCAAGUUUCAUGAAAAAGAAUGGGCAGCAACUAUAUCGGCACAUAUAUCUGGGCUGUAAAGAGGAAGACAAUGUUCAGAAAAACUAUGAGUUACUUUAUACUUCUCUUGCUCUUAUGACAAUUGAAUUGGCGAAUGAAGAAGUGGUUAUUGAUCUCAUUCGCUUAGCCAUUGCUUUACAGGACAGCGCCAUCCUCAACGAGGACAGCCUGCCCAUGUUCCACCGCUGCGGCAUCAUGGCGCUGGUGGCCGCCUACCUCAACUUCGUCAGCCAGAUGAUCGCCGUCCCCGCCUUCUGCCAGCACGUUACCAAGGUUAUUGAAACUCGGACGAUGGAAGCCCCUUAUUUUCUGCCAGAGCACGUGUUCAGAGAUAAGUGCACGCUCCCAAAAUCUUUGGAGAAGCAUGACAAAAAUCUGUACUUUUUGACCAACAAGAUUGCGGAGUCCCUGGGUGGCAGUGGCUAUAGCGUUGAGAGGUUGUCAGUGCCAUACGUACCGCAAGUCACAGAUGAAGAUCGGCUUUCUAGAAGAAAGAGUAUCGUGGACACUGUAUCCAUUCAGGUGGAUAUUCUGCCCGGCGGCCUCCCUUCGGACGACGUGGUUAGUAACACUGAAGAAAUUACCUUUGAAGCAUUAAAGAAAGCAAUUGAUACCAAUGGAAUGGAGGAACAGGAAAAGGAGAAGAGGCGUCUGGUGAUAGAGAAGUUCCAGAAAGCACCUUUUGAAGAAAUAGCAGCACAGUGUGAAUCCAAAGCUAAUUUGCUUCAUGAUAGACUUGCUCAAAUACUGGAACUCACCAUACGUCCUCCUCCCAGCCCAUCGGGAACACUGACCAUUACUUCUGGGCAUGCCCAGUACCAGUCUGUCCCUGUCUAUGAGAUGAAGUUUCCUGACCUAUGUGUGUACUGAGUGGCUCAGGAAGACCUCAGCAUAGAAUGUCAAAGCCUGGGAAUUCAGGCCGGGCUCUUUACACACUUCUUGAAAACAACGGUGGAACUUACAUUUGACCAAAUGCUUGUUAUACCAUGCUAGAAAAUUUGAAACUGUAUGUGAUCUCAAGUACUUUCGGAGAUAGAUUUAUGCCAUAUUGAUUUCUUUUGAGGUUCCCAUUGGCUUUAAAGUGGAGCAUGUAUUGGUCUCAACAUUAUUUCAUUGUUAAACAGUAUAUUUUAAACUUUUCUCAAAUAUGUUUUUUUUUUUUUAAUUAGGCCUUAGAGGGUUGAAAGUUGUAUGAAGUGUCUCUUGUAUUUCUUAACAUCUACACAACUGUUUAAGUAGGAUUUUUUGCUUUAGCUUUGGUUAUCUGCAAAAGCAAAAACAUGCAAGUAUAUCUAGUCCUGGGCUGCUGGUUGCCCUGUGGCUUUGUCCCUGUGUCUCAGAUGUUGCGAUGGGUGUCCCUUCAUUCAGUUACCAUGAUACGUGCGAUAGGCGUUCCUCCGCUUGUUUAUAGUGUUGUUUGUUGAAUAAUAUUCCUAGACUUUGGCCCUAAAAUCAGUCGCUGUUCUUUAAAGUGUCUGGUUCUUGUAAUACUGUAUUUUCUGCCGGGAGUUUGAUCAUUCUAUAUGAGAGGCUUAGAGCUUGCUCUCCAGAUACCGAACUGUGCAAUAUUUUUUACAUCAUAAGAUGUAUUAGUUUACAGACUGUGCUUUGAAAUUAUAGUUGUAUUUUGCUGUGGCUCGAUUAAUUAAAUGAGAUAUAUAUAUAUAUAUAUUUAGUACAAUGUAAAAAGUCAUUUAAAACAGCUACUAGUUCACCUGUGAAGAGCACACAUUUUGAUUUUUAUUAAGAGCACAUUAAUUUACAUUUUUAUAUUGUUCAUUGUUUUUAAUCAUCAUAGUCAGAAAAUUACCAAAAUAGACUUUAAUUUGUAGGAUUCAAACUGUAGCUUAUAUGCAUUUGUGUUGGGGGUUUGUUAUAUUCCAUUUGUGUUUGAGGUUUGUUAUAUUCCAUUUAAAGGGUGCCUAUGGUUUUAGCAAUCAAGUGUGCUAAGGAUUGUCAGUGUAAGCUUCUGUCGGUUUAAGCCGCCAAGAUGAUGUGUACUCACACUCACCUACCGAUCGACCCAUGGUGUCGUCUUAAAGCCACAUUUCAGUGAGUCCACUGCACAGCAAAAUGAACAAUUGUCUCUGCAAGUCUUACAACAUCCUCCUAGGACGUUUUUAUAACAUAACCUGUUUAUAGUUCUGCCUUUUUUUUUUUUUAUUUCUUUUUACAUAAAAAUAUACCUAUUAAAUAUUGGAGCUGAAAAAUCAGUUUUAGUUUUGGCUUUUUGUAAAAUUGUAGUGAAGAGCUGCAUGCUACACCUUUGGUUUAUGAUUAUCUGGGCACAAGUAGUAGAAACAAAAAGUAAAGAAGAUGCUCAAGUUGUUUUCCGUAUAUGAACCAAAGUACGUUGUCUUAAAGCACCUUGCGAGAGAGAGAAGGCAUUGACCCUCUACGACACUCACCGUCCUGGCCGCUGUAGGACAUGUCCUGAAGAAGCCCUGGCUUUUGCGUAGCAGUGCGGUCACCUGGUCACCUAGGGGGUCGUGACCGAUAGCAGCUGUCACUGUAUUUGCCUCUUGAUCAGCUAAAAUGUGUCACCAUUUAAGAAGCCAAAUUGUGUGUCUUUUUAAUUUUCUUUUUUUCUUCUGUAUUUUUAAAGCAGGGUAUUCAUUGUUGACAUUGAGUUUGAAAGUCAGAGCCGGGGGACAUGCAGAAGCAGCCCCCAGCCACUCAGGUGUCACUUCAUAGAUGAGCACUAUGUGCUUCUGUGUGGAGGCGUGUCGUGUGAGUGUCUAGGGAAGGAGGACAUGUACUCCUUUGCACUCCUGCUCCAAAGAUUCCAGGUCUCGGCGUGGUCGGGGUGUGUUGCAUGGACAGGACAGCCACUUCGCUCAUGCUUAUUGCCUCCUGCUGGUCUGUCAGGGUGCACUGGGCUCUGUGGGGGCUUUGCUUGGUUUGUAAUCACAGUAGACUCUGUGUACCCUCGGUAGUGAGCUGGUCUUGUUGCCGAGGAUGCUCAGAAGCGGUCUGCCCUUGGCCUGUGCCUUCCAGGAAUGCCUGCAGAGAGUGGGGGCAUGCCGUCUGUAGCUGGGUGUGGUGACGAGCGGCAUUGGUGGAGGGCACUGUGUGGCUAUAUUUUUGUAGAUACUGAAAUUUCUUAUAAGCUGUUAUCACUUUCUUUUUUGCUGUAGACAGUUGCUUAUGUCAUAUUUCCUUGACAUUGAAUAGUUAACAUUUAAAUGUUCCUCCUAUGCUUGUGUUGUCUUUGAUUGCUCAGAGUUGGUUUCAUUGAAGUUAGCCAGAACACACGUGUGUGCGCACGCGCGGACACACACACACACACACACACACACACACAGGCACACACACAGAGGCACAUACACUGGCACACACAGGCAGGCACAGACACAUGCACACAUACACACCCACACACCCUUAAUACUUCUGGCUCUGUUCUCUUUACAGUAAUGCCAUACUUUUACCAGCGGUUACUCCCCUCCUCAGAAUAGCCCUUCUCUUCCUGUCUGAAAAUGGAACUCGUUUGUCUUAUUCAUGGCAAUGUAUGAUGUAAAUGUAACGAAGUGAGCUUUUUGAAAUGUAAAAAUCCACUCUGCAAUUCAUAUAUAAGCAAUAAAACAAAAUCAAAAUA